CCAAUUCCACACCAAAAAUUCACUUUGAAAAUUCAAAUGGCUUAUUCUCCCCCCUUCCCCAAUGUGUGGGCAUGGAUUCAAAACCUCCCACCAAUCACACAAUGGAAAAAUGACACUAUUUCCAUGUGCAUUUGUUCAUCUCCUUCAUACCAACCUUCCCUCAAGCUCUCCAUAACCAAAACUCUCCACUCCUCCAUGCACUUAACCAUUUUGAUUGAUUACCAUAUCCCCAUUGUUCUAUGGACCUCAAAGCCAACACAACUCACCUCAUCAAAGCCAACCACACAAUCCAUCUCCCAUUUGUUAAACAACUUUGUCCAAGAUGUCCUCAACUACGGCCCCACCAGAAGCCCUAGCCGGGUCGCUCUUAGGCUGCCAAGACUAGACGACUCUAAUACCAUCGGAGACAUCUUCAACGUGUCGUUUCUGACUCUCGCUUUCAUCAUAUGCAUCUACGAGUGCCCCCAGGAGCUUCGCGCUUCUUGCAUUCACACCCUGAAGGACCAUUUCUCGUGCCCCCGGUCUAGGGCUGCGUCGACGCUGCUCAUGAGGCUGAUGGGCUCAAACAUGGAAGAGCAGUGGAUGAGGUGUGUGAACCUUGCCAUUACCAAUUGGAUUGUGGAGCUUCAGGCAGCUGCUAGCAACGCUCUUGGCCACACCAUAACCACACCUUCACCCUUGUUUUCGUACUCGAAUUCGUCUUUCGGGCUGUGGAAAGUUCAGUUGUACUGCCCUGUUAUUGCCAUGGAAGUUGAGAGCUCUAGUGGCCCUUCCCCUGAUGAGCAUCUGCGCUUCUCCCUCAACUAUCAUCAACUUGAAGGUGUGAUUCAACUCAACCACAAGGUUACCAUUCGUGAGAAUUGGAUUGAAGUCAUGGUGAACAUUGAUAACAUUAGGUGUGAUGUUAUGAGAUUGUUGGAUGAAAGCCUAAUGAACGGAAGAGGAGCUGGGAAAUCCGAGAAGCACUUCCCAUCAAGAAUCUCCCUGAAGCUCACUCCCACCCUCCAAGCCAACAUCAUAAGCGUAUCAGUUCACAAAUCCUCCGAAAACCCCACCACAGAAAUAGGCAUGGAAAAGACAGUGGAAGCCUCAUUCGACCCACCAAACCUAGGGCUAAGGGUUGCAGGAGGUGAAACAGUGGUGAUGAGCUUAAAACCAUGGAAAUUCGAGCAAUCCGUGAAGGGUGACAGCACAUAUCUCAACUGGUUUUUACACGACAGCGUGGACGGCCGUGAAGUGUUCUCAUCAAAGCCUUCCAAACUGGCAUUGGUGCACCCCAAAGCAUGGUUCAAGAACAGGUAUUCAAGUGCUCAUAGGCCCUUCACAAAGCAUGGAGGGGUGAUCUUUGCUGGGGAUGAGUAUGGGGAGAAAGUGGUUUGGAAGGUGGAUAAAAGUACUAUGGGGAGAACUAUGGAGUGGGAGUUGAAAGGGUGGGUUUGGCUGACUUAUUGGCCUAAUAAACAUAGGACAUUUUAUACUGAAACUAGGAUGGCUAAAUUCACUCAACUCCUUCAUCUUACCCUUGUCUAGUAGACACUAUAUAUAUAAUUUCAGUUUCAUGUUGUUUGAUUGAAUAAAUUAAAGCAUUAUAUUCCUGCAUUGUAUUGACUUGCAUUGACUUGCAUUGUGUAAAUCAAUUCAAUGGCUUGAUUACGUACUAAUUAACUGAUCGAAA